AUGGAUCUCAGUAGUGACACCAAAAUCCCCUUGACGGCCAAGACGGUGCGCGCCAUCGCUCGUGCGAGUUGCGCAGAAGCCUUUGAAAAGCUCGCGGGCGCUGUACCCGACUCCAGGUGGCUCGACUUCGACGUCAACGACGCUCGCAGCAUUGGCGCCGACCGCGCCGUAUACCGCUCUCUUUCGCGCUCCAAACACCACCGCCUGCUGGUCGUGGGUUGGUAUGCGCCGGGCUAUGACGACGAGGGUCCAAAAGAUCGGGUCGCCGCUCACGUCCACACCGACCCCGCCGAAGUUAGGUUCUAUCGCAUAAAAGAAACCAACGACGGGUCGCGUUCACUCGAAGACGUCAAUUCCACGAGCGCCGUAGAAUUUGAUUCCCCUUUCUGCGAUGUCGGCGACGGCCAAGGAGAUCAUAGGGCGGGCCACAGAGUGACUGCACUCAUUGAAUGGUUCUUCCUCGAUGCUGGGCUUGUGCUAGAGCUCACGCGACCGGACGGCGAUCCUGGCAAGUUCACCAGAAACUUUCGACACGCGUGCAUGUGGGUGGGAAACGACGGCAGCCCGCCGGGAGAACUCUACACACGGCGUUCGUCGGGUGCGAACAUCAAGGAGGAAGAGAAGGAAACAAUACCAGUGAGACCCAAAAGGUCGUUGACCACAUCUGCCAGCUUUCGGAGCCCAGCCGCCGAAGAACUCCGUUUACCGCUCAUGAAGCGCUCCGCAACCGACACUUCCCCAGUCAAACGCCAACGCGUAGAGAAUCCCUUCGUACGUCCGACCAAACAUCGUCGCACUAUGAGCGAACAGGUCACGCCAUUGACUAUGCCCCACCACCUCAUCAAGUCUGGCUCAAAUCCUCCCAGUCCUAGGACACCCACCCUCAACGAUGCGGAGCGCAUCAAUCGAGCGCUUGGCGCCCGCAUCAUUCAUCUCCACGAGCAGUAUCGCACUCUCAAGUCGCUAUUCGAGGGGACCGACAGUAAGCAGAUGGAGCUUAAAAAGGAACUGCAGAACACCAGAGCAAGAGUUGCGCAUGCCGAGUCUCGCUCCGAGGAUCUGGACCGUGAAGUGACAGGUCUGAAGGCGCGGCUCCAACAGGCAGAAGAAGAGUCUACGAAACUGCGCGCCGAGAUACUGGCCAGCAGCAUUGGGCCCAGCAAUGGCGCCAGUAACGGAGUGGAUAGGAGAACAAGCAGGAAGAGAUGA